AUGAUACCGGGUGAUGGCGGAGCACAGCUGCAAGCAAAACUUACUGGGAAGCCAGAAGUGGUGCACUAUUGGUGCGCCAAGAAAUCCGAUGAUUUCUUUGACCUGUGGCUCAAUCUCGAGCUGUUCUUACCUGGCGUAAUUGGUUGCUGGGCGGAUAAUAUGAAGUUAGUAUACAAUACAACAACCAACAGAACAUCAGACAUGCCGGGUGUUAUUAUUCGCGUUCCGGGAUUCGGCAACACAAGCACUGUGGAAUGGCUUGAUAACUCGAAACGCUCGGAAGGCAGAUACUUCACAGAUAUUGUUGAAGCACUAGUGCCACUCGGAUACAGGCGUGGCAAAAGCAUUGUGGGCGCACCGCUUGACUGGAGACGAGCCCCGAGCAUGUUUUUUAUUUUUGAAAAUUUUAAAAUCUAG